AAUUAACAAUUAUACAACAAGCAGCAUGAUGAGCAAUGAGAACGAGACAUCUGCAAUGAAUAUUGAGAUGCAAUAAACAAAAUAAAUAAGCCAAAAACAACUCCGUACAAAUACCUAAUAAACAAAAUAAACAAGUCCAAAAACAACUACAAAGUACGUAAAGGAUCUGGGGCGGACAACUACCGAAGUGCAAAAAUAAAAUAAAAACACAAAGUCCGAGGUGUACAGCAGAGAAUCAGAGUGUCACGCAAAAGUUUCGUGGUCUAAGUCCAAAGUUCCUUUUUUUUUUUCUUCAUAUCAGAAACCUUUCUCUAUAAUCAAAGGAGCUCACCGUCUCUUUUUCACCUUUAUUCGCGGCAGCUGCCGUCGCACCUCCCCAUGGCCGCCAAGAGCAUCUCAGGCGACGUCGUCCAUGCUGGAAGCGCCGCCGCCCCUUCGUUCCUCCUUCCGCGCGGGCGAGGGAAAUAUCGUCGCCCCUCUGUGAUGCGCCCCACCAUCACGAGCAAGGCCAGUCGUCCCCGGUGCGCAUCAUUCCUCUCUCUCUAUUUCUAUUGUUAUUUCUCUGAUUGUGCAAUGGGUUGAAAGAACCGAACGGCCUGGCAUAUGAUGAGGAUGGUUCUGUUGUGUGUGAUCUGUGCGUAAGAAUUGAUGGUUGGUGGGACAAUGUAUUUGGGUUUAUGUGUCUUGGGAUGAAAUAAUGAAGAAGUAAGGAUCGGUGUUGGAUGUAUGUAGAAUAGUGGAUUUGGUGUGUUGUAUUUUUUGAAUGCAGUGGAAAUAGGAGAAAAAUGAGAUGAAAAGGAUGAGAAAGGAGAUGUUGGUGAAGAUGAAGGAGGAAAAGAAAGGGACUCGAAUCUAAUGUGUGAUGAGGAAAUUGGUAUUGCUUGUGGCAUGAGGAAAAGAAGCUGCUGAACUCUAAUGUGUGAUGAUUGAAUUGGUAUUGCUUGUCGCAUAGGAAAAGAAAUCAGCUGAACUCUAAUGUAUGAUUAUAGGAAUUGGUAUUGUUUGUUGCAGGAGGAAAAGAAAGCAUAAAUAUUCUAUGCCAAAUCACAUUAUGCACGGCAGGUUUCGCUCAAAGGUAGCAUGAUAAAACCAGAACCCUUGAACCCAGCUCUUUAUAUAUUCUUUAUUAUUGGAGCCACUUUUUAUACUAUACAUUUAGAUAUUCUUUUCUUUCUAAUUGCAAGCUACACUGUAUUACUUUUCCUGGUGCCUUAGUAAAUCCCUGUUACUCUUCUUCCAUCACCAACCACAAACCCAUUAUCCAACCUCAUACCCAAAUCUACACGCCCAUCCCGGUUGUAAUGGCAGACAGUGUAAUUACCUUUGUUUUGGAUCACUUAGCCCAGCUUGCGGCACGCGAAGCUGACUUGUUGUGUGGCGUGGAGGACAGGGUCCAAUCCCUCCAAUACGAACUUCAAAUGAUCAAAGAGCUCCUCGGUACUACAAAGAGAAAAAAGGGAAUGGAAUAUACUGUAUUGAAACAAAUCAGAGAUGUGGCCCACUUAGCUGAGGAUGUCAUCGAUACAUUCGUAGCCAAAGUUUCCAUUUAUAGGAGGAGAACCAUUCUGGGGAGGAUGCUCCGUGGCUUUGGCCAAGCAAGGUUACUCCGCCACGUAGCCGACAAAAUAGACAAGCUCAAAACCACUCUCAACGAGAUACGCGACAACAAGGACAAAUAUGAUGCUUUUAAAGAAACCACUAAUCAAUCUGUAGCGGAAGAGGAGGAGGAGAAGGAAAGGUUGCAAUCGCUGCACAAGCUAAGAAGAGACGUGGAGGAAGAACAUGUGGUUGGCUUUGUCCAUGACUCCAAGGAUAUCGUCCAAAGACUCCAGGGCGGUGGUUCAAAUCGUAAAGUUGUCUCUAUCGUUGGCAUGGGGGGAUUGGGGAAGACCACCCUUGCCCGAAAAGUCUAUAAUAGCAACCAGGUGAUGGACCAAUUCGAUUGUCGCGCAUGGGUUUAUGUCUCAAACGAGUGCAGAGUUAGGGAGCUUUUGCUUGGCCUUCUUAAGCUUUUGAUGCCAAAUUUUGAACAACAACGCAGAGGCAACAAGAAAGGUAAGGAAAGUGCCGAAGACGUUAACAACCUGAGUGAGGAGGAGCUGAAGAAACAGGUGUGGAAUUGCUUAGAGAGGAAAAGGUAUCUUGUGGUGGUAGAUGACUUGUGGAAAAGGCAGGAUUGGGAUGAGGUACAAGAUGCUUUUCCAGACAACAACAGAGGCAGUAGAAUAUUGAUCACUAGUCGUUUGAAAGAGGUGGCCUUGCAUGCUGGUGAUGAUGUACCUCACUAUCUCCAGUUCCUGAGUGCAGAAGAAAGUUGGGAGUUGUUUUGCAGGAAAGUGUUUAAGGGUGAAAACUGCCCUUCUGGUUUGGAGACCCUGGGAAAGCAGAUGGUUCAAAGUUGUUGUGGUUUGCCGCUCUCCAUCAUUGUCUUAGGAGGGUUGUUAGCCAAGAAGGAAAAGUCGGAUAGAGAAUGGUGUAAAGUGGUAGGUCAUGUUAAUUGGUAUCUCACUCGAGAUGAGACCCAAGUGAAGGAUAUAGUUCUCAAGCUCAGCUACGACAACUUGCCAAGGAGACUAAAACCGUGUUUUCUUUAUCUUGGGUUAUUUCCUGAAGAUUUUGAAAUACCUGUUACACCAUUAUUGCAAAAAUGGGUUGCAGAGGGUUUUAUACAAGAUACAGGAAAUAGAGACCCAGAUGAUGUUGCGGAAGACUACUUGUACGAGCUCCUCGAUCGUAGUUUGGUCCAGGUAGCAAGAGUGAAUUCUAAUGGAAGUUUGGCGACGUGUCAGGUUCAUGAUCUUCUUCGAGAUCUUUGCAUAUCAGAGAGCAAAGAGGACAGAGUGUUUGAAGUUUGCACAGACAAUAACAUUCUAAUCCCUACAAAACCUCGCCGACUAUCCAUUCACAGUGAUAUGGGUCAUUACAUUUCUUCAAGCGACAAUGAUCAUUCAUGUAUUCGUUCCCUGAUUUUCUUUGGGCAACAAUGUGAUAUUCGUGGGAGAGAGUGGAAAUGGCUUUUGGACGACUUCAAAUUGGUUCGAGUGUUAGAGUUUGGACGUAACAGGUGUCGAAAGAUCCCUUUCAAUUUAGGGAACUUCAUCCACUUAAGGUAUUUGAGAAUAGACUCAAUGAAUGCUACAUUUGUUCCAGAUUCAAUACUUAACCUUUGGAAUCUACAAACCAUAGAGCUAAGGAUUUCAUAUUAUAUAGGUUAUAUUGAAAUUUCUUUCCCUGGUGAAAUAUGGAAACUCAAACAUUUAAGACAUUUGAAUAUAUCAGAGCCUAUCAAGUUGCGAGGAAGAAGUUCAAAAUCAAAUGAGAAGAUGUGGAAUCUUCAAACCAUCUCUUACCUUUUACUCAAUAGGCAAUCAACAUCUCUAAUAAAGAAAGGAACAUUCCCCAAUAUUAAGAGGUUGAGCUUAUACGUGAAGGCAGAUGGUUAUGAAGGUGAAUUGCCUAAUUUAUUGCAGAAUCUACAACAAUUAAAGCAUUUGAAUAAAUUAGGGAUUUGGUCCAAACUUUGGCUUGGUUACAAGCCGCAAGAACUCGUUCAAAGCCUAGGACAAUUCAGUUGUCUAACUUUCUUAGUAAUUGGUAAUGUUUUGGACCUUCUAACCUCUGAGCUCAUAUUUCCCCCAAACAUUACAGAGUUAAUGUUAACAGGAAUUAGGUGCAUUACUGAUAAGGGGAUGAAUGGUUUGGGAAAUCACUUCAAACUCAAAAUUUUGAGACUUGGGGGAAGUCUGUUGGAGGAUUCCGUUGACCUCAAUUGUGCUGAUGGCGGCUUCCCACAACUGGAAGUGUUGGAAAUGAGAUAUAUGCGACUUCGAAAGUGGAAAUUAGGAAAUGGUGCAAUGCGGAGGCUUCAAAAUGUGUUUAUCCACCAUUGUCAACCAUUAGAUAAUCACCCAAUUGAACUCUGUUCUUUGAAUGGAUUGAAAAAAGUGCAUAUAAGAGAUUCGUUCUCAGAACAAAUGGCUCACAUCUUUCGAAAUUUGGAAACAAAUAAUGGAGUUCAAAUUGUUAUAGGGAAUUAUCUAUAUCUGGAUGAUGAGAAUGAUUGGAAUAUUUUUCAUUAGGAUUACUAUAUGUUAACACUUUUUUAUAAUAAUUAU